AUGUGUGAACUCGGCUCUGUCGUGUGUCUCACUCUGUGCACGAGACUCCUCCUCGUGUCACCUUGCAGCAGAACCCUGUAUUUGCCACCCUUGCACUGCAGCCACCUUCCCACCAUCGGAUCCCCGAGCACCCGAGGCAAGAGGCGCUCCACGCGCGAUCUGCUGCUGCUGCGCACCGCGCGCCUGCGGCACAAACGCUGCACACUACAUGAGACAGGAGUAGCAGUCGCAGCAGCAGGAGCAGCAGCAGCAGCACUUAUGGCUCGCUACAAAGGUGCUGGUGGCAGAAAUGUUACGUCGGUAAAUGUGCUUCCCGGGUUCGUUCAGUACCGGCAGGAUGAGCAAGAGUCAGUGCAGAAAAGGACUUUCACAAAAUGGAUCAAUACUCACCUGGCUAAGCGCAAUCCUCCCAUGGUGGUGAAUGAUCUGUUUGAAGAUAUCAAAGAUGGGGUGAUGCUAAUUGCCCUUUUGGAGGUUCUUUCAGGGCAGAAGCUGCCUUGUGAGCAGGGACGUCAGCUGAAGAGAAUUCACUGGGUUGCCAACAUUGGCACAGCUCUGAAGUUUCUAGAAGGAAGACGGAUUAAGCUUGUCAACAUAAACUCAACUGAUAUUGCUGAUGGCAGGCCUUCUAUUGUGCUUGGCUUGGUGUGGACAAUAAUCUUAUAUUUUCAGAUUGAAGAGCUUACCAGCAACCUCCCACAGCUGCAGUCCUUGUCUAGCAGCGCUUCUUCUGUGGAGAGUGUUGUCAGUUCAGAAACUGCGAGUCCUCCAAGCAAACGGAAGGUGGUAACCAAGGUCCAAGGAAGUGCCAGGAAGGCUCUGUUAAAAUGGAUACAGUACACAGCAGCAAAGCAAGUUGGAAUUGAAAUCAAAGAUUUUGGACAAAGUUGGAGGAGUGGUGUUGCAUUCCAUUCCGUUAUUCAUGCCAUCCGCCCAGAUUUAGUGGACAUGGAGAAAGUGAGGGGAAGAUCAAAUAAAGAAAACCUGGAAGAAGCCUUCACACUUGCAGAAGCAGAACUGGGAAUUCCAAGGCUCCUUGAUCCAGAAGAUGUGGAUGUUGACAAGCCAGACGAAAAGUCUGUCAUGACCUAUGUAGCCCAGUUUUUGAAGUACUAUCCUGAUCGUCAUCAUACAGUGACUGAUGUGCAGGAGAAUGAUAAGGAAGACAGACUGGUGCUGAGAGACCUAAAAGUGUGGGCAGAACAAUUUGAAAGAGACUUAGCCCGAGCACAGGUGGCAGAAACAAGCUUACAGGAGAAAUACCAGUCAUUUAAGCAUUUCAGAGUACAAUAUGAGGUAAAAAGGAAACAGAUUGAACUUGCAACCCAGUCAUUAAGGAAAGAUGGUAAAUUAUCACUUGAUCAAGCUAUGGUGAAGCAAGCAUGGGACAGAGUUUCUUCCAGGCUACUUGAUUGGCACAUACACCUUGAUAAAUCUCUUCCUGCACCUUUGGGUACCAUAGGUGCUUGGCUCUAUAGAGCAGAGGCUGCUCUGAGGGAAGAAGUAGCUAUUCAGCAAGCUCAUGAGGAAACAGCGAAUACAAUACACCGGAAGCUUGAGCAACAUAAGGAUCUGCUGAAAAACAUAGAUGGUCACAAAAAAGCAUUCCAUGAGAUCCACGGGGCCAGGUCUGUUAACGGAGUGCCUGUUCCACCUGACCAAUUAGAGGAUAUGGCAGAGAGGUUUAAUUUUGUUGUCUCUUCAUCUGAGCUCCAUCUGUUGAAGAUGGAGUUUCUGGAACUGAAGUACCGUCUACUGUCACUCUUAGUCCUUGCAGAAUCAAAGUUAAAAUCAUGGAUUAUCAAAUAUGGAAGGCGAGAGUCAGUGGAACUACUUCUUCAAAAUUACAUUUCUGUUAUUGAAAAUAGUAAGUUCUUUGAGCAGUAUGAAGUUACUUACCAGAUCUUGAAAAGAGCAGCUGAAAUGUAUGCCAAAGCAAAUGGCUCAGUGGAAGAAGUUGAGAAUGUGAUGAAAUUCAUGAAUGAAACAACAGCACAGUGGAGGAACCUCUCAGUAGAGGUGAGAAGUGUAAGAAGCAUGUUGGAAGAAGUAAUUGCUAAUUGGGACAGAUAUAGCAGCACUGUGGCAGGACUACAAGCUUGGCUGGAAGAUGCUGAAAAAAUGCUGAAUCAGCCUGAACAUUCUAAAAAGGAUUUCUUCCGGCACUUACCUCAUUGGAUCCAACAGCACACAGCCAUGAAUGAUGCUGGUAAUUUUCUGAUUGAAACAUGUGAUGAGACCAUUUCCAGAGACCUUAAACAGCAGCUUCUGUUACUGAAUGGAAGAUGGAGAGAAUUGUUUAUGCAAGUUAAGCAGUAUGCUCGAGCAGAUGAACUGGACAAAAUGAAGAAGGAAUACCUGGAUGGUGUUACCCAUUUGACAGCUUUUAUUGAUGGAAGCAAUAGGAAAUUUUCAGUCCCUGUAGAAAUGUCCUUCCUUGAUGUCAAAAUGUUUGUACAAGAUUUAGAAAAUAUUAAGCAGAAAUUGCCUGCCAUGGAAUCUCAGUACAAAAUGGUUACAAGAACAGCGCAACUUGUUACAAAAGAAGUUUCCCAAGAGGAAGUGAAUGAAAUGCUUGGAGCUUUGACAAAGAUCAAAGAGCAGCUGAGCAAGGUUGAGGAGUAUUCCUGUGCCCUGCUGUAUGAAUGCCAGCAUCUGCUGUCUCCACUGGAAGAACUGGAGAAACAAAUCACACAUUUUUAUGAAUCUCUUGAAAAGGUCAAUGAAAUAAUUUCUAUCCUGGAUCCUGAAGCACAACCUACAACUGUUCUUAAACAAAAAGCCCAAGAUUUGGUAGCUUAUCAAGAAAACUGCAAGAAAGAUUUGUCUCUGAUUGAGAGAAAUAGUCAGAGUAUCCUGCAAUGUGUGGCUUCUAGUGAAGUCUUACAGCAUUUCCAUCAGUCAACAUUUCAGAAGAAAGUUACACAAGUUCAGAUUACUUUUCAGAAUAUGGUCAGGAAAGCUGGGGACUGGAGAAAGAACAUCGAAGCAAAUAGUCGUUUGAUGAAGAAAUUUGAGGAAUCUAGAGCAGAACUGGAGAAAGUAAUACAGAUUGCCAACUGUUGCUUAAAAGAAAAAGGAAAUCCUGAAGAACUUCUCAGGAAACAUAGUGAAUUUUUUAACCAGUUGGAUCAGAGAGUCCUAAAUGCCUUUCUGAAAGCGUGCGAUGAACUUACUGACAUCCUCCCAGAACAAGAGCAGCACAACCUGCAGGAAGCUGUGAGAAAACUCCACAGGCAGUGGAAGGAUCUUCAGACAGAAGCCCCAUAUCAUUUGGUCCACUUGAAGAUUGAAGUACAGAAAAGCAAGUUCCUGGUUACAGUGGAGGAGUGCAAAGCUGAACUAGUUCGACAGAACAAGGUCUUAUCAAGAGAGGGCAAUGAAAGGAUGAUUGAGGAACACAUGUUGUUCUUUGGUGACAAGGGAUCUUACCAUCUGUGUGAGAAAAGGCUACAACGGAUUGAAGAACUGUGCCAAAAAUUGCCAGUUUCUGAUCCAGUGAGGGCUACGUUGGAAAGCAGCCAACGAAUCCUGAAGGAGCUCAAAUCCCAGAUAGACAGCACAUACAUAAAGCUGACAGAGCGCUCGGACACCUGGAAGGGCUAUAACAACAGAUUUUCUGAAUUGGCAAAUUGGAUUUCUUCAACAGAAAGAGAGCUAAAGAAGAUAAAGGAAAGUGCCAAUGAUACUGCCAAAUACAAGCAAUGUAAAGCAUCCGUGGGGGAAAUUAGGAGGCAUAUUAACAAGCAAGGAGAAAAUCACAGCUGGCUGAAAUCUAGACUUGCUGUUUUGACUGCAUCAUGUCCUGAUUUGGAGGCCAAAAAGACAGAGGAUGAGUUUUGUAAAAUUUCCAGUGACUUCAAGGGACUCCUAGAUUUGCUGACCGAGAUCGAAAAGACAUUAGGCACUGUUGGAGACUGUGUCCAGUACAAAGAAGAAGUUAAAUGUGCAAUCGAAGAGUUAAUCAACAACUCUAAAGAAGCCCAAGCAGAGGCUGAAAAGAUCCUGGACACAGAAAGUUUAUUACAAGCUCAGCAACUACUACUUCAUCAUCAGCAAAGGACAAGGAGACUCCGUGCAAAGAGGCAAGAUGUGCAACAGCAGAUUUCCCAAGCUAAACAGCUGCAGAUUGAAGGUGGACUGCCCAGCACAAUGCAAGAGGAUUUACAAAAGUUGGAAGGAACAUUGGAGAGCAUGCAGCAGACUAUGGAGAAGCGUGAAGAGCAACUGCAGGUCACAAUAAAUAAAUGGGAGCAGUUUGAAAGGGACAAAGAAACAGUAGUAAAAUACCUCAAUCAAGCAAGCUCUGCACUUGAACGUAUCUUAAACUUUAGCAGUUUAGAGAGCCUCUCCUCAGAACUGGAUCAGACAAAGGAACUUUCUAAACAGACUGAAGCAAUGGCAUUGCAGGCUGAGAAUUUGGUGAAGAAUUCUUCUGAGAUACAGCUUGGUUCAAAGAACAAGCAGUCCCUUCAACAGCAGGCAAAAUCAAUCCAAGAACAAGUGAAAAAAGUGGAAGUUACUCUUGAAGAAGAUAUUAAAAGCAUGGAAAUGGUGAAAAACAAGUGGGAUCAUUUUGGCAAUAAUUUUGACGCUCUGUCCAUCUGGAUAGCUGAACAAGAAAAAGAACUGGAAACUUUGGAAACAUCAUCAUCUCCUUUGGACAUACAGAUCAGCCAAAUCAAGGUUAUUAAUAAAGAAAUAGAUGGUAAAAUAACUGGAAUCUCAAAACUAGAAGAGGAAACCGAGUCUUUUUCCCAGUUUGUUACCUCUGGAGAAUGUGCGCAUAUUAAAGCCAAACUGACUCAGGUCAAAAGGUAUUGGGAAGAGCUAAGAGAUCACGCACAGAGGCUGGAAGGAACAAUCACAGGGAAUGCAUCAGCACAGCAGAAAUACGAAGAAAGUCUCAAACAGGUGCAGCGGGCAGUGUCUGAAUUUGAAGCUAAGCUAGCUGAGCCUCUCACAUCAUGCUCUUCUGCAGCAACAACAUACGGGGCCCUUCAGGAUUGCACGGACCUUUGCCAUACUGUGGAAAAACUGAGCAACGCUCUGGCUUCUCUCUCAGCCUGUGCCCGGAAGGUGGCCAAUAAAGAAAAAGCUGCGCAGGAGGUUACAGCCUUACAGCGGAAAUAUGAAAAGGUGCUAGAAAAUGCUAAAGAGAAGCAGACCUUAUUAGAGACUCUUCUGGCACAGUGGCAGAAGCAGGAGAAGGAGCUGUCUGCCUUCCUGACCUGGUUGGAGGGGUGUGAAGCUACAGCCAGGCCUUCAGAGCAGCAUGUUUCUGCUGACAGAGUUAAAUUGGAAGGUGAACUGCAGUCACUGCAGGAUUUGCGAGCAGAUAUUGAGUCGCGUGCUUCAGUCUAUGCGAGCCUAUUACAGUUAAAUGAGUCACUAUUCCCAACAGCUUCCAAACAGUGUGUAAAAACAAUGAAAGAAAAAUUUGAAGAUCUGGAUGAGAGGUGGAAAGCUUUACCACAAACUGUUGAUAAAAGGAUCAACUUCCUUCAAUCUCUUGUUGCUGAGCAUGGGCAGUUUGAUGAGCUCCUGCUCAGGUUUUCAGACUGGAUUAAGCAGUUUCUUGCUGAACUACAAGCCACUUCAGAGAUAAACACAGCUGAUCAACAACUAGCUGCAUCUCACAAUAAGAACCACUCAAUGGAAGUCGAAAUUAAGAAACAGCAGUUACAAAGUCUGAAGGACCAUGUAGAUAAAUUGUGUUCUUUCUGCUGCCCAGAGGACCAGCAGACAUUGCAGGGAAAGACUGAAGAUUGCUUUCAGAUCUUCCAGGAGGCAAGUCAAAUAGUUUGCCAAAGACACGAAGCUCUGGAUCAGCUACGGGUAUUCCUGGAGCUCCAUAGUGCUGCAUCAGGAGUGCUCCACCAGCUGAGGCAGACAGUGGAAAAAACAGGAAAUAUGGAUAAAGCUAAAUCUGAAUUAUUGGAGAAGGAACUCAAUGAUGUUAUUCAAGAUCUUAACAAGCUAGAAUCUGUUGCCAUCAGUUUGGAUGGUUCCCUUACUAAGGCCCAGUACCAUCUGAAACACAGCAUUUCUGAGCAGAGGACCUCCUGCAGGGCUGUGGUGGAUAAUCUGUGCUUGGAACUGGAGGCAGUUCAAAGCCUGCUGGGAACCAAACAGAGCGAGGCAGAAGCUCUUGGAGCCUUGCGAAGAUCUUUCAUAGAGCAUAAAGAACAGCUACUGAAGAGUAUUGAAGAUACUGAGGAAAAGGCUGACGAGGAGGGCCUUAAGGAGGCAACACUACAAGCCCUCCAGCAAAGAUUGAGGAUCUUUAACCAGUUAGAUGAAGAAUUGAAUUCUCACCAGCAUGAACUCCAGUGGCUGAUGGACAAAGGAAAACAAAUAGCCCAAAAAGAUACUACGCUUGCUCCUGAGAUCGACAAAGAGACAAAUCACUUAGAAACUCUGUGGGAGGAUACCAAGAAAGUUAUACAAGAAAAAAAGGAGCAGUCCUGCAUUCUUAUCGAUCUGAUGAAGGAAUAUCAGAGCUUGAAGUCAACGGUAGUGAAAGUCAUAGACAGUGCUGACAGUGCUUCUGUAAUCAAAUCCAUUUGGAAGGAUCAUGAAGAUCUUAGGCGAACUUUAUCAAAGCACGAAGCUGCCAAGAAUGAUCUGAGUGAUAAACAAAAAGACCUGGAUACUUUCACCAGUAAAGGAAAACAUUUGUUAGCAGAAUUGAAAAGGGUGCAUAACUGCGACUCCACUGCGGUAAAAACAGACAUGAACUGUAUGGUGGACAAAUGGCUAGAUGUGUCUGAAAGAAUCGACGACAACAUCGACCGGCUGAGUGUAAGCGUGUCUCUAUGGGACGACAUCCUGAAAACUGGAGAUGAAAUGGAUGGAUGGUGCAAUAAGUGCAUUUCUCAACUGAAUGAAGGCAUCAGCAACUUGAGUAACAGUCAGAGAAUGGAGGUCCUCCUGAAAGACUUCCAGUCUGAAGUCAAGGAUAAAGAACUGAAGUUGGAGGAGCUUCAUUCCAAAAUUUCAGAUCUUAAAGAACUGACCCAUAGCCAAGAGCCUCCUGCAGAUCUCCAG